AUGUUCUCUAUUAUUCCUAAGAAAUGCUUUUCACACGUUACUCGUGUUACUCGACUUUCUCAGAGCCGAAACCUUGUUUUUACCAGAGAUAUCGAGAAUCUGCUUAAGAACAAGCCAUUAAUGCCUGUGAUUGUCGUUGGAGGUGGUCAUGCCGGCGUUGAGGCCGCUACCGGAAGCGCUCGUUUGGGUGUGGUGACAACUUUGGUGACUCCAGACUUAUCCAAGAUCGGGGUCACCUCUUGCAUCGGAAAAGGUACAUUACUUAAGGAGGUUGAUGCCUUGGACGGUGCUGCCCCACGAAUCGUCGACAAAGCCGGAAUUCAGUUCAAAGUAUUGAACCGGUCACGUGGUGCUGCUGUAUGGGGUCACAGGGCUCAGAUCGAUCGUGAAUUGUAUAGAACAGAGAUGCAAAACUACGUCUCACAGUAUGCUAACUUGAACUUGGUUGAGGGAAAGAUUGAGGAUUUGAUAGUUGAUGAGUUGGAUAAGAAGGAUUUUAAAGGGCGUCAUUAUGCGAAGGUCAAAGGAGUUAUCUUGGCAGGUGGAGAGAUGUUGAGGUGCGAGAAGGUAGUGAUUACGACGGGAACGUUUUUGGGAGGAGAGAUUCAUAUCGGAUUGAAGGCCUGGCCUGCUGGUCGCAUUGGAGAGUGUGCUUCUUACGGGUUGAGUAAAACCUUUAGAAGGGUUGGUUUUCUAAUGGGCAGAUUGAAGACCGGUACUCCUCCUAGAAUAUCUGCCAAGACUGUUGACUAUAGCCAAGUAAAGGAGGAACCCGGUGACGUACCACCAGAGCCGAUGAGUUUUUUGCACGACAGUCCUGGUAUCAAAUCAGAAGAUCAGAUGUUGUGCUAUUCGACACAUACCACACAACCUUUACACGAAUUAGUUUUGGCCAACUUGGAUAAGUCCAUUCAUAUUAAAGAAGAUGCCAAAGGACCUCGAUACUGUCCUUCUUUAGAGUCGAAGUUGAUCCGAUUUAGGGAUAAGAAGCAGCAUCGUGUGUGGUUGGAGCCCGAGGGAUUCCAUACAGAUAUCAUGUAUCCCAAUGGAAUAUCUAACACGAUGCCAGAAGAAAUCCAGGAACAGUUGUUAAAGUUGAUCGUCGGUUUUGACCAUGUCAAAAUGUUACAGCCCGGUUAUGGUGUUGAGUACGACUACGUUGAUCCUAGAGAACUUUGCCAGACUUUGCAGACCAAACUUGUAGACGGAUUAUUUCUAGCGGGACAGAUCAACGGUACCACAGGAUAUGAAGAAGCAGCAGCGCAAGGUAUAGUGGCUGGUAUAAAUGCAGGAUUGUCAUUUUUAAAUGACGGUAAAGAACUCAGAUUAGAUAGAGCAGAUGGCUAUAUUGGAGUUUUGAUUGAUGAUUUGAUCACCAAGGGAGUUACAGAACCUUAUCGUAUGUUCACAUCUAGAUCUGAGUUUCGUGUCAGUGUCAGAGCAGAUAAUGCGGAUCGGAGAUUGACAGAAGUAGGAUACAAGCUUGGGUGUGUUUCUGAAGAAAGGUGGAAGUCAUACUGUAAGGAUAAGAAAGAAUACGAGUAUGCCCUGAAGAAGUUGAAGGAAUUUCAAAUGAGUGCCAAUAAGUGGGGUCACAAGAUGACCAACGUGUCUAUAGCGGAUGAUUCCAGAAUGAAGUCGGCGUUUGAUAUCUUAAAGUACUCUCAUAUAACGCUGGAUGAUUUGCUAGAGAUAGUGGAUGAUCCGGUGUUGAAAGAUAUGCCUAGAAGAGUGAAACUAGCGGUGACGGUAGAUGGUAAUUAUCAGGGUUACAUGAAUAGGGAGAAGGAGUAUGUCAGAGCUUUUAGAUCCGAUGAACAUUUGAAGUUGCCUAUAGACUACAACUACAGGUCGAUUUCCAGCUUGUCGUCAGAGGUGGUGGAGCUCUUGAAUGAAGUGAAGCCAGAGACUAUUGGCCAGGCGCGUCGUAUCCAAGGAAUUACUCCUGCUGCAGUUUUCGAGCUUUAUAGAGUGAGUAAAAAAGGAUGGUAA